GAGACGGCAUCCUUCAUAUGCUACGCGGAGGGCAUGAUCCCAGAGGAGCCCGAGGCAAUCCAGGAGAACUUCCUCGAGCCCAACACAAGGCCAGAACCGCAGACAGCCAAUGCGGAGACGAAGGCAUUCAUCGGCUACCUGGAGGACGCGAUCCCGGAGGACCACUCGGCAAUCCAGGUCUUCGACUUCGAGCUUUCCAGGGAGCACCAGCAACAGAGAGCCAAUGCGGAGACGGAUGCAUUCAUCGGCUACCUGGAGGACGCGAUCCCGGAGGCAGAGUCCGCAAUGGUUACAGGGAUCUCUACUUCAGAAGCUGUAGCCCAAGGAAAGGCCAUCUUGGAUUGCGGGGCUACCCGAAGUAUAGGCUCAGUCUAUGCCCUGGAGCGCUUGAUGGAGAUGAACCUUAAGGUCCUCACUCCUCGAACUCGUGCGGCCAUGGCACCCAAGACAGCGGGUCAGCUGAGGGAGGUGUUGAGCGAGCACGGAGAGAUCGCCCCGAAAAGGUGGUCGAAAGUCGAACUCCUUCAACGUGUGGAAGAGGUGACCGGGGUGGACUACACCAAGCCCCAGAAGAAGGAGAAGUCGGAGUACCAGAUGUACGUGACGGCGUUGAACCAGGCGGCCACCCGCAAAGCUACGCUGCAGACGUUCUGCAGGAAGACGCUGGACAUGGAGGUCAACUACAACCUCACCAUAGCCCAGCUGCAGAAGGAGGCGCUCUCGGUGAUCUACGGCAAGGCCUGCCCAGACCCCUCGGACUUGGUGGGUUUCGGACGUCACAGUCAGUUGACCUACGCCACGGUCAAAGCCGAACACCCUCAGUACAGCGCUUGGGUGAUUCAGACGGCUGCCGAGGGACAGUGCAACCCACGGUUGCGCAGGCUGGCAGGAUGGCUGGCCAACGACCCGAACCUUGUGAAGCGAGCCCAAGAGGAGUUCAUGACGAUGGGUCAGAUGAAGAACAAAGUGGAGGUCGCCCACUACCCGAACGAGCCGACGACGCCUCGCAAGAUGAACUACGACAUCGCGGCCCCCAAGGUUGCAACCACCAGCAAGGCUGCCAGUUCCAGCUCGGCAGCUGUCGAGGACCCCAACACCGUGACCGUGGGGACCGAGGUCUUGACCAACCUGGUGCAGACGAUCGAGAACCUCAAGGAGGAGAUGGCCACAUUGAAGGGAGAGAGACCUCGCAAGAAGGCCAGCGGCGAGGAGGAGAUCCAGGAACCCCCGGGAACUAUGAGUGCAUCCCAGCAGCUGAGCCAACAGCUGAGUCUAGGUGGUAAGUUCUCCGCAGAGCCUCCUCUCGGCCACCGUGCAAGGUGUGAUUUGGGAACGUCCGAAGGGGUUGCGGUGACGAAGGGUUGCCGGGUGAACUUGAGAACUUCGGAAGAAGGGCAGUUGAUUCGGAAUGGUUGGAAAAUAGUGACCCGUGAGUUCUGCAAGCGCGUUGCUGAAGUGUUGGUUCGGGAGUUAGAUGCCAAUCAAGUUCAAGAGGAGUUCGACAGUGUGGGAUGUGUACGCCAGGAAGUUCUGAGGCUUCAGGGCGACGACCUAAGGAAGGCUCGGGACCUCUUGAACAGCAAAGACUUUAAGCUGGAAUCCUGUGAAGCCCUCUUGCGCCAACUGCCCCUGAGACCCAUCAACAGGUACCUGAAUGCCUUCAUGGAAAACUGGUCUGGAGGAAAAAGAGGCGAACCUGAAGCAGCCACGGACAUGCACGACGACCUUCAGGACGAGCCAGGUGCUGAGAACUGGUGGUCACGAAUGCCCACCGCCUGCUUUGGUGAGCACUGCAGUUUCCGGGUGGAGGAAAACGCAGCUGUGGAA